UUCCCUCCAUUUCCCUCUAAAACACAUUGCAUAUCCGCAAAACCCUGUAUAUGUAUGACAUAUGCAUUGAAAUUUUGAAACUCCGAUCGGAAAAUCGUUCCCGUUUUGACCGCUACUGAUUCGGGCUUUCGAAUUCCCAAAUUGAAGAUUGAAAGAGCUGACCUUUCACACACCCCAGAUGCACAAGGAACGAAAAGGUGAACAUUACAUGUCAAAGAGACAUUCCGUGAUUUUUGGACUGUUACUACAAUCCAUUGGUGUUUAAAUUCUGAAAUGCUGUGGAACUUGGUGAUUUUCGUUCACAGAAUAGAAGUCUUCUCAUAAUUAUUCAUUCAAAGAGUGGUAGCAAACUAUGGGGGAACAUCGCAAUGGAAGUGCACAACCUCCCAGUGGAAAGGGCAGUGCAGCAGGAAGUACAUAUGCUAUUGAUUUGAAUACAUUUCAAUCCAGACUGAAGAGUUUAUAUUCACAUUGGGAUGAACACAAAAUAGAUCUGUGGGGCUCUUCUGAUGCAAUUACAAUUGCAUGUCCUCCACCUUCGGAAGAUCUACGAUACCUGAAAUCCACUGCUCUGAACUUAUGGUUGCUUGGAUUUGAGUUCCCAGAGACAAUUAUGGUUUUCAUGAAGAAGCAGAUCCAUAUCUUGUGCAGCCAAAAGAAAGCUUCUAUUCUUGAAUCUGUCAAAAAAGCUGUCAGAGAGGCAGUUGGUGCGGAUCUUGUUUUGCAUGUCAAGCCUAAAAAUGAUGAUGGAACUGCUCUGAUGGAUGCUAUAUUCCGAGCCAUCCGUUCUCAGUCUAGAUCUGAUGGUCAUGAUACUCCUAAUGUUGGAUACAUAUCAAGAGAGGCUCCUGAAGGGAAACUUCUGGAAGCUUGGGUUGAAAAAUUGAAGAAUACAGAAUUUCAUCUGAUUGAUGUGUCCAAUGGGUUUUCUACAUUGUUUGCUGCAAAGAGUAAUGAGGAGCUUAUAUCAAUUAAGAGAGCAGCAUACCUGACCACUAGUGUGAUGAAAAACUUUGUGGUUUCGAAACUUGAAAAUGUAAUUGACGAGGAGAAGAAAGUCAGUCAUUCCACAUUGAUGGAGGAGACUGAAAAAGUCAUACUUGAACCCUCAAAAGUCAAUUGUAAAUUGAAGGCUGAGAAUGUUGAUAUUUGUUACCCCCCAAUUUUUCAGAGUGGUGGGGAGUUUGAUCUAAGACCUAGUGCUGUCAGCAACGAUGAAUUACUUCACUAUAACUCUGCAAGUGUAAUUAUAUGUGCUGUUGGAGCCCGGUAUAAGAGUUACUGCUCAAACAUUGCUAGGACCUUCUUGAUUGAUGCAGAGCCUCUUCAGAGUAAGGCUUAUGAGGUUCUACUCAAAGCCCAUGAAGCUGCCAUUGGUUCUUUGAAGCCUGGGAACAAGCUGAAUGCCGCUUACCAGGCUGCAAUUUCUGUUGUGGAAAAGGAGGCUCCUGACUUGAUUUCCAAUUUGACAAAAUCAGCUGGGACAGGCAUUGGCAUUGAGUUUCGUGAGUCUGGGUUGAAUCUUAAUGCUAAAAAUGAGCAGAUAAUAAAGGAAGGCAUGGUUUUCAACGUGUCCCUUGGAUUUCAGAAUUUGAGCAGUAAGAGCAGUAAGUCUAAGAACAAGAACUUCUCUCUGUUGCUUGCUGACACAGUCAUCAUCAGCAAAGAUAAGACAGAGGUUGUGACUUUGAUGAGCUCAAAGGCUCUAAAGGAUGUGGCUUAUUCAUUCAAUGAGGACGAAGAAGAGGAAAGGCCAAGUAAAAGAGCCCGUGGGAUUGAUGGAGAGCCCGUUGUGUCUAAGACAACUCUUAGAUCAGACAAUCAUGAAGUGUCAAAGGAGGAACUUAGAAGGCAGCAUCAGGCAGAGCUUGCUCGUCAGAAGAAUGAAGAAACUGCAAGACGGCUUGCUGGUGGUGGAAGUGAGACAGGGGAGAACCGUUCCUCAGGUAGGACUUCAGCAGACCUGGUUGCCUACAAGAGCAUAAAUGACCUUCCCCCUCCAAAAGAGAUGAUGAUCCAAAUUGAUCAGAAGAAUGAAGCAGUUCUCUUGCCUAUUAAUGGAAGCAUGGUACCUUUUCACGUUGCUUUCAUUCGAACUGCUUCUAGCCAGCAGGACACUAACCGCAAUUGCUAUAUCCGGAUUAUUUUUAACAUUCCUGGGACUCCUUUCAGUCCUCACGAUGCAAACUCAGCGAAGUUCCCAGGAUCUAUAUAUUUGAAGGAGGCUUCAUUUCGCUCCAAAGAUCCAAGACACAUAGGUGAGAUUGUGCAGUCCAUCAAAACACUCAGAAGACAAGUUGUAUCAAGGGAGUCUGAGAGAGCCGAGAGGGCAACCCUGGUCACUCAGGAGAAACUGCAGCUUGCCAAUAAUAGGUCUAAGCCGAUAAGAAUGUCUGACCUUUGGAUCCGCCCUGUUUUUGGUGGUCGUGGAAGGAAGAUACCGGGUACACUUGAGGCACAUGCAAAUGGAUUCCGUUAUUCUACCACCAGGCAAGAUGAGCGUGUGGAUGUAAUGUUUGCUAACAUAAAGCAUGCUUUUUUUCAGCCAGCAGAGAAUGAAAUGAUUACGCUCUUGCACUUCCAUCUUCACAACCAUAUUAUGGUUGGAAAUAAGAAAACCAAAGAUGUACAGUUUUAUGUUGAGGUAAUGGACAUGGUCCAGAAUGUUGGAGGGAGUAAGAGAUCUGCCUAUGACCCUGACGAACUUGAAGAAGAACAACGUGAGAGAGACAGGAAGAAUAAGAUCAAUGUGGAGUUUCAGACUUUUGUGAAUCGGGUAAAUGAUCUUUGGGGACAACCGCAAUUCAAUGGCCUUGACCUUGAGUUUGAUCAACCUCUUAGAGAACUUGGCUUCCCCGGCGUACCUCACAAAUCGUCUGUAUUUAUCGUUCCCACUUCAGCUUGCCUUGUUGAACUGAUUGAGACCCCUUUCCUUGUUGUCACGCUGAGCGAGAUUGAGAUUGUGAAUCUAGAGAGAGUUGGGCUUGGGCAGAAGAACUUUGAUAUGACUAUAGUUUUUAAGGACUUCAAGCGAGAUGUCCUCAGGAUUGAUUCCAUCCCUUCAACUUCUCUUGAUGGCAUCAAGGAAUGGCUGGACACAACCGACAUCAAGUAUUACGAGAGCAGGCUGAAUCUGAAUUGGCGUCAGAUCCUGAAGACAAUCACUGAUGACCCACAGAGCUUUAUUGAAGGUGGCGGCUGGGAGUUUCUGAAUUUGGAAGCUACGGAUUCAGAAUCCGAGAAUUCUGCAGAGUCGGACAAAGGCUAUGAGCCAUCUGAUAUAGAGCCGGAUUCUGAUACAGAUGAUGAUGAUUCCGAUAGUGAAUCGCUUGUGGAGUCCGAGGAUGACGAGGACGAGGAUGACUCGGAGGAGGACUCUGAAGAAGACAAGGGAAAGACAUGGGAAGAACUUGAGAGGGAAGCAACCAAUGCGGACAGGGAGAAAGGGAACGACUCUGACAGUGAAGAAGAUCGGAAAAGAAGGAAGGCAAAAGCAUUUGGCAAGUCACGAGCUGGUCUCAGUAGUAGCAUGCCGAAGCGGGCCAAAUUAAGAUAGAAUUUGGUUUUUGUUCUUAGCCAGCUUGUGGUUUAGUGCAGUUAGCAGCAUGAGCUUGGAGCUGGCCUGUCUCUCUCCAUCAAAUGUCCUUAAAAUCUCUCAAUUCUUUUCAGCCUUGUGCUUCUUUCUUUUUCUUUAAAAGCCUAGGGUUUAGAAUCUUUUUCUAUAUCGUUUUGUGUUAGCUUGGUGAAUGAAAUAGUGUAUUCAGAUUAAGUAAACGAGCAAUAAGAUUCUUAUUCGGCA